UUUUUGUGCUGUAAAAAUUAGAUCGAGUACGACCUUGCUACUAAAAGCAACAACUACCUCACCCAUCCUGCAAAGUUUUGUCACGACUGACGCCUAGUCGUUCCAACUAGUUCUAGUUUUGGCACAAGUAUACUAUUAUAGAGAAGCACUAUCAGCUCCAGCUGCUCCUUGUAUGAUUUAUCGUCCCUGAGGUUCUUUUGGUCAGGUAUAAUUUCGGUAUACGUUAAGUAUUUUUCUUUAUGAUCACAUUUGCCCUUGCGAAGUAAAGUCUAAUAUAACUAUAGCGAAACGACUGGGAUAUUAAUUCCUGCACUACCCUUAACAAAAAUCCUGCACUACCCUGAACUCAUUUUUUAACAUCAUGGAGCACCAGGAGCGGUUGGCGUUGGUAAAAAAGUCCCCUCGUCUCACUCCGCGACCGGACCGUGUACUACUGCCUCUUUCGCCGCGCCACAUCAAGAAGGCCACGUGCACCACGAUGAAGAAAGUUAUGAUCAUCUCCGCCGUGCUUCUUUGCGGCCAAGAGCUUCUCGUUGCGCCACUGUGCUGCGUUGCCUUCACUCUGAACAAGCUGCGCCCGACUGCCGCGUCGUCCUCCACUUCUCCUGAAGCGGAAAAACUGCUUCACCAGAAAAAAUGCUUUCAGUACGCUGACGCGAAACGAUUGGAAUGUCACGCGAAUGCAUACGGAUCCUUUGACAAGCUAGUCGACGCGAAAGUGAGCGAAAGUGAGCGAAAUGCAUCCGUGAACGCGAAAGUAGACGAAAUCCGUAUGCAUUGCAAAUAUGUCUGGGUCCGGAAGAGUACAACUUGUCAUGCUAAAUCUGAAUCAUACAAAAAUCUGUGUUGCAUGAUUACCAAUAAAGCUGUUCACUUUUGAGAAAGCCGAGAGACGGUUUCUCAUGCGGAAAAGGCAUGGAAAAGAUCUCAUAGAAUCUGUGAUGCUACGGCAUGCAUCACAGACCUCCUCACGCAUCGUGCAAAACGUGCAUGACAAACGUUGCACUUUUCCAGAGGACCCAGACACAUUUACAUUUGAUAAUCCGUGCCGCGGUGCAACUAGUCCUGCGAAUCGGUGAGAUCAACGAGCAAGAGCAGCAGGCCGGCGCUGGAGCAGGGGCAGCUCCUGUUGCGGGUCCGGGCCGCGGGGCGGACGCGCCGCCAGCACUGGGGGAAGUGCAACGGGCGGAAGAAGUACAGCAGAAGCCCGGCGCAGUCUCGCAGGCCAUGCGUGCCGCAGUGGGGGUGGGCCACGAAACAGGACAGCCGGUGGUCAGCUACCCGGCUCUGUGGCACAACUUGGGCGGCGCGCUGGUCGAGGGGCAAGAGGCGCGGGCGGGAGACAGGGUUAGGACUGAGAAAGCGCUACGGGAAGCCGUGCAACUCGUGAAAGCAGCCAGACGCUGCGUGCUCCCGCGGAAGCGGUUUGUGGAAGAGAAUUGCGCGACAUAUGUGAAGAAUCCAACAGAUGGCCACCAUUAUGCGGACACAGCAUUCGUGGGGACCUGGGAUGCAUUGGAAGACGCGCACGCGGUAAUUCACAGUAUGGAACAGCUGUACAUUCGGGUUGCGGUGCUCUCUGCGCGGAUAAAGCACCUGCGAAACGCAGUCGCAGCAGAUGUAAGACGGCGGGAAGAGAGGAAGCGUAAAGAGGAAAAAGCCGAGGCCGAGGAGAGGGCCCAGGAACGGGAGGAUGAAGAGGCCAGGAAGAGGGAGCUCGAGCAAGCUGCCUUUGCUGAGUAUGCAUUGCAAAUAUGUCUGGGUCUGGAUUUGUCAUGCGAGAAUUGAAGGACAAGAAGAUCUGUAAUGCAUGAAUGCGAUGCGCCAGUUUUUUUGUCGUGCUGGUUGGAAGUUUGUCUACAUGCGUUUUAUGAAUGAAAAUGAAUCAGCAACCCGCCUUGCGGCCAAUAAACUUCUGCUGCUAUUAUGCCGUAUAAGCGGUUACUCUCUGAUGCGAGUGUCAGCAACACAAACUUCCAGACCCAGACACAUUUGCAAUGCAUACCGAGGAGCAACAAGCAAUCAAAGAGGCGCGCAAGAAGGUUGUGAACAAACUCACAAAACAAGAGCGGCGAGAGGCGCAGGAGACUGCGGACUGGGACGCCGUCAUCAGGGAAAUCGAACAGGAGCGCGAAGAAGCCCGGGAACGGGAAAGGAACGAGUGGGCGCGCCGCCUAUCAAAAUGAAAAAUCCCCCCUCCCCAUAUCAAAACGGAAAUUUCUGUUGCUGAUUUGCGUACACAAAUCCGACUUGUCUUGCAGUAAGGCACUACGGCCAGGUCCGCAGCCUAGUUGCGAGCGCUCAGGUCUAGUUGUUCAGCAUUGCAAACGGCUACCCUCUAGGACCAACAGCAUGCCAAAUCGCUUGCGCAAUUGGGCGGAUGCCUCUGGUGCACUUGUCUUCUUGCAAGACAAAUCUGACUUGUGACCUCAAAUCAGCAACAAAAAUUCCCGGAGACAUACCCUGUCAAUAUGAGGAGGGGGGAUUUUUCCUCUCAAUACCGCCUGGGCGAGAUACGAGCGAAAGCGCUCCGGGGUGAGCGGAUCUGUCUGGGCGAUUUGGAAGUCGAACCCAGUACUGCCGAGCAAGCUGCGCGGGAGAAAAGAAAGGCCCACGAAAGGAGGUGCGCAUUGAUGCAGCAGUCGAAGGAGGCCACACGUAUACGUCGGAACUACAAGGCCCGAGACAUAGAAACGAUCCGAGCAAGCGCCGGCUAUCAGCGUCUCAUGAGAGAAAAAGGGGAACUUGUCUUGUCGGAGAGCAGCGGCCCGAACCUGGAGAGAGCGCUUUCAAAAGAUGAGGUUCAACGCUGGGUAGUGACCGCUGUUGUCAACGCUACUAAGGACGCGACCAAGUGGUGGAAUAGCUGCGCGCUACCCCUUUUGCUCCACCCGACUGUGGGAAUACAGACACUGCUUCGCCAUGCAAAACACGGCGUUCGACAUCGACUGUGGGAAUACAUACAAAACACGGCGUUCGGCCGCCAGAUUGUGAAAAGCGAACAAGAUGACCAAAAUUCUAUCGGGGGAAGAAAGUUGUUUCGCAAGAUGUGCGAGGCCGCGGCCUGGCAGUCAGCAGUCCUUAGGAUCGAUCUCGUACUCACCUAUUGUACGGAGAAAUCCCCCCUCCCAUAUCGAAAAGGUAUGUUUCCGAAAAUUUGUGUUGCUGAUUUGAGACCACAAAUCACGUGCGUCUGUCUUGCAAAAAGACAGGCGCAGAGGCUUCCUCGCCAUUAUGGAAGCGAUUUGGCACGCAAUGUUGCGCUUAGGGGACAGCCGUUUCUUGUAAUGCUAAGCAACUAGACCCAAACGCCCCUAUCUAGGCCGAGCAUCUGGCUGCGCUACCUUCCUGCAGGACAAAUCGGAUUUUUUUGUGUAGGGAAAUCCAGCGUCAGAAGUUUCGUUUUGAUAUGGGGAGGGGGGAUUUUUCCUUUUGAUGUCACCCAGUUCAAAGCUAUGGUGCAUUUGGGGAAGAAGAAGUUAGCAACGUCGAAGAUAUCAAAUGCAAAUAUGUCUGGGUCUGGAAGAAUUCAUAUUGAAUUUUUGCCAUGCUGUUGUUGCAUGACACAGAAUCAAUGUCUGUCAUGGAAGCCCUAGCACCACAGAUCUCCUCGAGAAGCUUCCGCAUUGCUUGAUCCGCAUGACAAAUGUCGCCCCACUUUGGUGACAGAAAACGGACCUCUUUUGCUGGCUAUGCAUGAGAGAUUUGUGUGGUCGUGUGUGUCGUUAAAUGCGCAUCACAAGUUCGCACUCUUCCAGACAUCCAGGGAUUUUUGCAGUUGAUAGUCAAAGAGUAGGGUUGCGGAAGUAGUGCCGUAUGGCUUCGUGCGAGAGUGGGAGGUCGAGGCGGCGAUGGAAGCAUCGCCCUGCCCGUCGGCAAAUAAAGACCAGGCCACGUAUCAAAUGCAAAAAUCCCUGGAUGUCUGGAAGGUUGCAACCUGUGAUGCUGUCUUUGGAUUCUAGAGAAAAUCUGUAUCGCAAUACCAGCAAGAGGAGUCCAGUCUGUUCUACGCGGGAAGGGCAUUUCUCAUGCGGAAUAGGCAUUAGCAAUCCCUCUAAGAAUCUGUAUCUGUGACGCUAGAUCAUGCAUUACAGACAAUCAUGAGCCAUGCAAAAUAUGCAUGACAAACCUCGCAUCCUUCCAGACCCAGACAUAUUUGCAGUUAAUACCACGCUUGCGAAGGCCAAAGAGGUCGGCGAAACUUUGCGAAAGAAGGCACGGCUCCACCUGAGCGAGGAGUAUCGUAAGGGAAAAUCCCCCCUUCCCAUAUCGAAAAGGUAUAUCGCAGAUAAUUUGUAAUCCUGAUUUGUGACCACAAGUUGUCUCUGUGUUGCAAGGACGCAAGUCCACAGACAACCGCCGCAUUCUGCUGGCGGUUUGUGAUGCUGUUGGCUGUGCAGACUAGAUGAUUGCCUAGGUGAAAACAUCUCUACCCAGUCUUAGAAUUAUAGGCCUGCUGUCCUCUCAAGCAAGACAAACCUGAUCUGUAUAGUGCGCAAAUCCAGCAUCAGAAACUUCGUUUUGAUAUGCGGAGGGGGGACUUAUUUUCCGUUUGAUAAGGAGGAAAGGAAAGUUCUUGUCACGGAAAAAGUCUUCGAAGCUAGCCCAAUCAUAGAAAGAAACGAAAGCCUGAGGACGAAGUUUGCCGCCGUCAAAAAAGUGGUGGAGUGGGCGGAAGAAGUGGAGAGAAAAAUGGAGACAAAGUAUUCGGCAGCUCUCGGGCAGGUCGAAAAGGUAUCAAUCGUAAAAAUGUCUGGGUCUGGAAGAAUCCGAAAUUUGUUAUGCUGUUUUUGCAUGACACAGAAUGUCUGUCAUGGAAGCCCUAGCAUCACAGAUUUUUAGAGGCCUUCCUGAUGCCUAUUCCGCAUGACAAAUGCCCUCCGCGCGUAGCACAAACCGGACUCCUCUUGCUGGUCAUGCAAUACAGAAUUUUUUAGAGUCCAAAGUUAGCAUCACAAGUUCCAACCUUCCAGACCCCGACAUUUUUGCAAUCCAUAAAAGGGUCCGGGGCGCCAUGCAGUAAAACUCGAAGCGGACGAACGUGCGGUCUUACUGGCUGCUGCACGCUACGAGAUGAUGCAGAUCAAAGACCGAGCGAGGAUACAGGAACCAAACACCAGCAUGGAGGACCUUUUUGGGAAGGUUAUUGAGGGUUUUCGGGAAGUGUCGCAGCUCCAGGCGCAGAGCGGGAGCGCGUUUGCUGCACUGCUUUCACAAUGGACUGCAUCGGCAGCAGACGGGGGGCCCCCGCAGCUUCCGACAACGGACGAACAACUCAGCUUGAAGAUGAAGGUCUUUGUAUAUAUUCAAGAUUUAUAUACGCUUCCUCCCUUUGUCAGCGUGCUGAAGACGUUCAAUGAGGCGGUGUGGGUAACGGAAGGAGACAAAGUUUCCGCGUAUCGUUUUUCCUCAUUUGGUCCCGGCGAGAUCCAGUACCCUUUUUUGGCAACGCUCUCCCUCCUUCGGGAUUCUCAGAUCGCGAUUGGGGAACUCAUGCUGAAGUCAGAGGAAGAGCUGCCUAGAGGAGAACAGCCCGCGCUAGACACGCUUUUUGACCGCUUGACGGAGUACAAUGCCGCGACGGCCCCCAGACGCGGACGGCUGGAAGUUCUGCAAACCCUGACGCUGGAGGUUAUGGACGAUGCGCUUUUGCCCGCAUAUCAAAUGCGAAAAUGGCUGCUGGGUCUGGAAGAUUCUGAGACUUGUCUGAUGCAUGUUUUGCAUGACCCAGGACGUCUGUAAUGUUGCACACCCUAGCUGCAUCACAGACUUUUAGAACUACCCUUCCUGAUGCCUACCCCGCAUGACAAACGCCCGCCCCGCGUAGCACAAACAAGACUCCACCCCUUGCUGGUCCUCAUGCAAUACAGAUUUUUUUAGAAUUAUCCCAAGUUAGCAUCACAAGUUCCAAGUUAGCAUCACAAGUUAGCAUCACAAGUUAGAUGCAUUAUCCCAAGUUAGCAUCACAAGUUCCAAUCUUCCAGAUCCAGACUACAUUUUUGCAUUUGAUACCGCACUGCUUCAGACCACGCUGCUUCCGGUUCCUAAGCUCGUCGAGGAGCAACCAACACCGUCGUGCGGGGUUGCGCAGGCGGGUUGUAGCAGCUCGAGAAGUGCAACUCCUGCGGCCGGGUUGCGCGGGCGCAACAUCAAAGCGAAAAACCCACCUUCCGGCGCGGCGUCGAACCGGCCUGGUCUAUCAAAUGUAAAAAUGUCUGGGUCUGGAAGAUUGCUACAUUUGUCAUGCAUGUCUGACAUGGCUCAAGAAUCUGUGAUGCAUGGGCACAAAGCUGUCCUCUUACCUGCCAUGCAAAAAGAACGCAGUCUGCCAUGCGGAACACGCAACACAUGAGCCCAAAAAUUUGUCAUGCUUGGCUCCGUAUUGCAGUGGAACAACUCCCAUUCACUUUUAGCAUUACAAAUCUCCAGACCCAGAUCGAUUUUUGCGUUUGAUAUGGUCGCAGGAGCGAGAGCAAGAGCGGCUCUUCUAGUUCGCGUGGAAGCAGCAGCGGCAGUCGGCGAGCAAGUAUCCAAGAGAAAAACAUUGUUAGUGUAAGUUUGUGAUGCGCAACGUGCAAGAUGAUUGCGUCUGUCAUCCUGGGAAUGCGUUGCGCGGUCCAUUUAGCCGCGUUUCCCAGUACUAUCUGCGCAUGACAGGUUUUGCUCUCAUGUUGCCACACAGCUUUGUAGUGCUGUUCCUCCAAAAAAGUUACACCUACAAUCUUUUUUUCUUGGAUAUCAAGCAGCAGGUCACCUUCGCGUCCACGCAAGUGCUGCGGUUUUCGGUGCAGGUUGAGCGGAAGGCCAGAAAUAAAUUCUUCAAAAAAACACGUGUAGUGGGCCAGGAAAAGUGGCUGUUAGGAACAACAGCUGCGCGGUAUCCUGAGUAAAAACGUACCCACACCAGAGUCAGGAUGGGGAAUCUGCUAGACAAAUCAGCCAGCUUUGGUUGUUUGGCAUGACAAGUUUGUCCGCGUAGUGUAGUGCUGUUUGAGCUAGUUUAGCAGCAUUACAGAUCUAGUAUCUCGCGCUGAUUGGAGCAUGACAAAUUUCAAAACCGCAUUAGAAAAUGCUUCUCAUGGGGCUCCGCAUGAGAAACAUUUUAAGCAUGCAGAGUUGCAUGACAACUAUGGUGUGGGUACGUUUUUACGCAGGAUACGCGGUGGAUCCGGCUGGACCACGAGGACGACCUGGAUCUCGUGCAAUACCAAACUAUCAAAAUGAAAAAAGCCCCCACCCAAUAUCAAAUGGGAAAUCUGUGAUGCAGGAUUUGUGUACACAAAGGCGGGCUGUCUUGCAAUACGGCAUCGCAGCCAGAUCCGCAGCCUAGGGAGGGACAUUUGGGUCUAGCUGCUUAGCAUUACAAACGGCUGUCCUCUAAGCCCAACAGCAUGCCAAAGCGCUUCCAUAAUGGCGCGGAAGCCUCUGCAUUUGUCUUCUUGCAAGACAUACGUGAUUUGUGGUCUCAAAUCAGCAAGACAAAUAUUCGGAAGCAUGCCUUUUCGAUAUGGGGAGGGGGGAUUUUUCCUCUCAAUACUUACCCUAGCCUACUAACUAGCGUUCUCGGACGCUGCGUCUGCUAUAUCAAAUGUUUUGUGCAAUCUGCCAUCGGUGUAAACAACAAAUAUACAAGUACGUUAUCUCGUCGCUUUCCUAUUACAAUGAAAAAUGCCCCCACCCCCGAACUUGAAAGCAUUUGUAUUGCAAAUCUUUCCAAAUGAAACAUUCGCCCUCUUGCGUGUAUCAGCAUCACAGAUUUCCGAUCGUGAAUAGCAAAAAUUUGUAUUGCAAAAGAUCCCAGCAAGAGCGGUGCUUGUCAUGCAAGCGAUGCGAAACACGACUAGAAUUAUCUGCAUCAGAAAGAUUCUUACUCCUUUCAUGCAUGACAAAAAGCUUUCAUCUGGAAACUUCGCAUCACAAAUUGUUGCAAUUUCAGGGGUGGGGGGCAUUUUUCCCUUUGAUAUUUCCUCGCGCUGGUUUUCGUCCUCGUUUCUCCCGCGCUGCUCCGGAGGCGAGCAAGUGGAGCUCCAUGCUUAUCAUCUGCAAAAAUGUCUGGGUCUGGAAACUUGUGUUGCUGAUACUUGCAUUGCAAACUUGCUGCUUGUACGGCGUAACAGCAUGAGAAAUUUCCCUCAGCUCCUUGCCGAUUCAUUCGUCUUUAGCAUUACAAACUGUUAGGAACAACAGCUGCGCGGUGGAUCCGGCUGGACCACGAGGACCUUAUCAAAUGUAAAAAUGUCUGGGUCUGGAAACUUGUGAUGCUGUGUGGCGUAUCAUGAGGAGGCGACAAUUGCUGGCUCAGCAUGGCAAGUUUCUGAGCUUCUAGGUGUUGCCUAUUCUGCAUGACAAGCUACGUUUCUGCAUGACAGAAAAGUGGGGCUCUUGGGUAAUGUGCAUGACAGAUUUAAGAGUCAUGCCAGACAAGCAUGACAACCUUGCAUUCUUCCAGACCCAGACAUUUUUACAUUUGAUAGACCUGGAUCUCGUGCAAUAGCUUCUUCGAGGGGGCUUUUCAAUUAACUUAUUGUUGAGAGGUCAGCACGAACAGGACAACUUUCUCCUAUAUUCUUGCUAUGUUGCCGUGGAAUUUAUAUUUUGAUUUUAGAAACAAAAAGUCACAACAUGGGCGUGCCGAAAUCAAAGGCGAAUAAAUCGAAGACCCCGGCGCAGCUGGACACCGGGGACGAGGCGGCAACGAAGACCAAGGGCAAGGGCAAAGCAAAUGCUGCGAAGGGUCGGAACAAGGAACAACAAAAACAAAAAAAGCAAAUCGCCGACUUGAUAUCGAUGAAAACAGUCUCCAUGCAAGGCAUGGAAAUCCUGACAAUGGCGGACUGGCGGGAACGAGUUCAGAGCGGAAAAUCUCUGGACGAAGACUCUUCGUCGAGCGACAACAGCAGCAGCGAACUGGACAGUGAGCAAAUGGAAGACAUUGCCGGCGAAGACGAAAAAAGCAAGGACAAGAUGAAGGAGAAGGAGAAAGGAGCAACCCCACGCAGGGGGGAGCGGAACAGCACCGGGGCCGGCAUCACGAUGUCCGCAAACAAGAACUCCAGCUCCAUCGUCGCAUACCCCGCUGCAGGCGCCGCCGCAGCGAACACGAAGAACAGCAAACGCCGCAAGAAGGAAGACGAGGAUCAGGAGGAGGACGAGGACUCCAUCCUGCAAGCGUCAACCUUCAGCUCCUCCGUCCUCGGACACGACAUGAAACCUAAGAACCUGAGCCCGACCAUGGACCUGCUGGCGGCGUCGCCACAGGAGCUGGUGAAGGAGUGGAAAAAAUACGUGGUGAAGAAAAUCCAAAACCGGCUGCUGGAGGAGCGAGUUUUGCAAGGAGAGCCAUGCCGCAAUUUGGUACCACGCGAAGACGGCCAGGGGAAAGAGGUGAAGGAGGAAGACUUCGCAUACGACAAAGAAGAUGAAAAGGAGUGCGCCAACCUGGUGAGGCAGGUGUGCGACGUUUUGGAUGCGAUGGUGCCGGAGUACCUUCACUGGAUAAACGUCAACUCGCGCACCGGCUACUGCGAUAUCUUUUUGUCGGACUCCCUGGAGAGCAUGGGCCUGUUAUCCUUGGUGAAAAACCCGGCGCGAAAUCCAACGAUGAGAUUUAUCCUUGACUGCUGGAUAAAGCCGAACGUGCCGCGGACGACCAAGGGGGCCAACGAAUUCAAGAGGAGAACGGAGAACGCACACAAUAAAGACGUAGAGAAGGCGACAGCGGAAAACGAAAAAGGGAAGAAGGAGGCCAAGGCCACCCAGUCCAUGAAAUCCGCCAAGGGGCUGGAGAAGGACAAGACGGCCGCGGCACCGGAAAACAAGAAAGGCGGAAAGGGGGCCGACAAGCCGCCCGCCGCUGCCACAUCCACCGCUGCGUCUUCAUCAUCUGCUGCUGCGCCCGCCGAUUUGAAAAAGCGUGAUAAGUCGGUCCGACCCGACAUUAUCCGCAGUGCAACGCAGCGAAAGAAGGAGGAGGAGGAAGAGAAAAACAAGAAGAACGAUCGGUCGCGCUCCCGGCGGGACGAGAGACAGCGGGGGAGGACCCGCGAGCGACCACCGGUGAGUCAACCCCGAUCGCGCCGGAACAAGCCCGCAGGGGCUUGAGAGGAGGAGGUGGUGGUGAUGAAAGAUGUUGAUGUCGACGCUUAUUCAGAUGAAAUGGUGUAGAAGAUACUAAUUAGCACGUGCAAGCAAGAUAAUAUUUGACUCUCGAGAAGCUGAAGCAGUCUAUUUCUGACUGCGGGAUGUGAACUGCACCCAGAGUGCAGAAACAGUCCCAGCACGCGCGGGACAGACGACACUGCAUUUAUUACGAGAAGAACGAAGAAAGAAAUCCUUGAAGAAGCACCUGCACCAGAGCGAACCAAUCCAGAACGCGAUAGAACGGCGAAAGAAGAUAGCAAAUUCCAAUAAUUGCAACCCUGUGAUAACCUGCACUAUUCUGUACGAUUGAGGAGCGACAAGUCAAAGAAUAGCAUUUGUUGUGCUUUUCUUUUUCUAUCUCUGAUCUCAGAGCCGGCGCCAUUGUAUGAUGUGUUCGUAGGAACCAAGAAGGGCGAAGGCUAGUGAGCGUCACGAGAGUGUGAACAGCCGGAGGGAAGUAGGCGUUCACUUUGGGAGCUAUCGGAAAGCCCGCCGAGAGCUGCACUGAGGGCAUUUCGAACACAAAUAACGACUUCGGAGAGAAGACAACCGGAGUCGCAAUACGAAGAAGAAAGAGCGGAGUUUUUACCGGCUCAAGGCAAGCAACGGCUCAAGCACCGGAACCAUGCGGCUCCCUGGUAAGGCGGCAUGCCGAGCCGGGCGUCGUUCAUCCGGAACCGGGGGGGAGCAACCCCCCCGUGAGCGAUUAACUGCAGAAUCAAUCCAUAAUUACAAUGUCGGGACGCUGAACGUCUUAACACUAGGCCGGGACGACGUGCAGGGACCAUCACUACAAAAACAAGCAGUACUACAAGACGCGCGGGAAAGGCAGGCGAAAGUAAUGCUAUUGCAGGAAACAAGAUGCAGAGAGUGGCUAACUGGCGAAGCCUGGGAAGAGUAUCAGGCGUACGGGGGGGGCGCAGAAGCAGCAAAUGGGAGCGGGCCAACAGUAUACGGCACGAUGGUGCUGGUCCACAAUACGCUGGAGGUGGUGGAAAUGACGGAGAAGAGCAAUAGUCGGGUCGUGCGGGUUGCGGUAAAGAGCAAACUAGGAAAAAAGGCGCACUUCGUGUCGGCGUACGCGCCGACCGAGGUGUCGCCCGCGGCAGCAAAACUACGCUUCUACCACGAAUUGCAGAAAGAACUCGACCAGGUGCCACCAUACGACAUUUUGGUGCUCGGCGGGGACUUCAAUUGCGAGCUCUGCUCGCCGCAGCAUGAGCUGGUUGACAGCGGCCUGCCAUUCGUGGUAGGCAAAUGCGGGCUGACGGAAGAUUUUUUUCUUCCUUCAGACAACGGCAGAAGGGCACUGGAAAUGGCGACCAGCAAUCAGCUAACAUCAGUAUCAAGCCUCUACCGGAAGCAAUUUCGAAAGCGAUACACCUUCGAGGGCAAGUUUCCACAUGGCAGAAAGCGGCGGGAGUAUGACCAUCUUUUUGUGAGGUACAGAGACCGGGGCCUCUGCAGGGCCUUCGAGGUGGCGGGGGAUCUGUACACAGAAUCCGACCACCGCCUGGUGCUGAUGCGGAUACAGGGCCAGGCGAUCCGGGUGCCAAAAACCAAGGAGAGGGUGGGGAAACAACUGCUGCGAAACAAGCACCGCGCGCUUGAGGUGGACCAACAGCUGCUAGACAAACUGCCAGAAGAAGAAUUUCUUCGCAUGGAAGGCGAAAACACCACUGCCAUCGACGUUUGGCAGCGUUUCAACGAAGUGAUGCAGCCGCUGCUUCAGGACAUGGAGGAGGAAUGGAAGCGGAACAAGCCUGAGGCGAGGAGGAAGCCCUGGAUUUCAGACCGGACCUGGAAGACGAUUGAAAAACGGAGAAAAAACAGAGCGAAGGAGAAGAAGGACAAGCAAGCCGACGCACGGCUGCGAAGACGGAUCAAGAUGGAGAUCACAGAGGACAAACAGCAGUGGCUCCGGGGGAAAAUAGAAGAACUUCAGCGGGCGGACUCAGCGGGAAACUCGAAGGCCGUAUACGAAACGGUCCGACAGCUGGCGGGGAGGGCAAGGAAACAAGGGCAGAACGGCCUGCCCGGGGGCGAGAAGCCUCAUGUCGAAUUUUGGAAACAGAUACUAGGCACCCCGAGACCCGCCGCAGACAAACGACUACGAGAGACCGCAGCCUGGAAGAGAUGCGAAGCGCUACUACAGCAGGAGCCACGACCGACAUGGAGCGCGACCCGGACGGGUUGCCCCACAGAUGGAGAGAUCGACCAAGCAGUUAAGGAGCUGAAAAAAGGAAAAAGCCACGCCGGGGACUUCCCGGCCGAAUUCUUCACCCACUCGGAGGCCGCGCGGCGGAUACUCCGGGCGGUGGUGAAGAAGAUCUUUGAAGGGGGCGAAGUGCCAGAGAGCUGGUUGGAAGCAGAAAUAGCUCUAUUGCACAAAUCCGGGCCGCGGAUUCCGUGCAAUUAUAGACCAGUGGCGCUGCUCCAUGUCGGCGAGAAACUCCUGUCCCUGAUAGUACUAAACCGGGUGCGGGACAGCGCAUACGCAGCGGUGGACAAGAGGCAGAAGGGCUCUGUUCGGGGACUUUCGUGCAGACAUGCGGUUUUUAAACUACUCAGGGACAUGGAGCACGCGAUAAAAAGUGGCGACGAACGCAUCUACGACUUUAUAGACUUCCAGAAGGCCUACGACUCACUAAAUUGGGAGAAAAUGACCGAGAUACUGAAGUGGCAGGGCUUCCCGCCAGACCUCGCGGACUUGGUCCGCAGACUCUACCAGGGGGCCAGCUACAGCCUGAAGAUAGCACCGGGGAAGCGAAGCAGCAAAACGCGCCAGAGGUGCGGAAUACGACAAGGAAGCUCCUUGUCGCCCUUGAUCUUUGUGUUGGUCCUCGGCUUCGCGCUUCUGGCGUUUGAGGAUGCAAUGCAGGAGCAGGGGGACUGGGUGCGCAGCAAAAUAGACCAUGCCUUUGUGUCUUGGCUGGGAUUCGUGGACGAUCUCGUGAUCAGGUCCGACAGCAAAGAAGAGGCCCAGCGGGCGUUAAUCCAGCUGCAGGCGGCGUGCCGCUUCGUGGGGUUGGAGCUCAACGCCAAGAAGACCGAGGCCAUGACCAUCGGCCUACUGCCAGCGAAAAAGCAAAACGAAGACGCGAGAAAGGAGCGGGUCGUGGUCAACGAAGGGGACGCAGACGGGCGCGAAGGCUGGGCAAUUGAAUGGGACGGGGUCGACCUAAUUCCAGAAUAUGCCGCAGCAGCAAAAAAGAAAACGGCCCAAAGCAUGCCCAUGGAGAAGGUGACCCACCUCAUCGCGUGGGACGAUGGGAAGCACAGCCUCUGCUGGCUAAAACGCACAAGCUGGGCGCACCUGGACGGGCGGGAGGUGGUACGCAUAUCGCGCCUCGGGCGCGUGCGCCACGUCCUGGAAAGCAAAAACACCCACCGCUGCCCACGGUGCGAAGACGUCCUUCCUGACGAAAAAGCACUGAGAUACCACAUGGCGACGGGAUACUGUCGGCCAGGGAUGAGCAAAGAAGAGCUGAAGGUGCUGAGGGUCGGGCGGUAUCUAGAACAAAAGGCCAAGACACAGCGGGCGGCAGCAGUAGUGCCCGCAGGGUUGCAGACCUACGACGGCAAGCCGGUCAAGACGGUCGGGGUAUUCCGAUACCUAGGGACGCAGGUACAGUGCAGCAGCGCAACAAGCAAGGAAACAGACCGGAGAACAGGAAUAGCGCGCGCCACUGUGCAGCAGCUUCGCAAUAUUUGGGCAGACAAAGAAACGCCGAUGGGACUGAAGGCGGAGCUGUUCACGUCGUUGUGCAGCUCCGUCGCGUUAUACAAUAGUGAAUGUUGGGCGCCACGGGAGUGUGACUGGAAGGCCCUACGCAAGUUCCAGCUGCAGGCACUAAAAACAGUCCUUGGGGUAAAAAGGCAGUGGCAAAGGGAGCAGCAGCAACAGGACGCGGACGGGCAAAGCGAAGAAGAGGAGGACGAGCAUGCUAGCAGGCUGGAAAUGUGCAGGGGGCUCGGUGUGCUCGACAUCGAGACGGCGGUGAGGGAGAAGAGGGUGGCUUGGGUUGCCCAUGCCGCCCGCGACCGCACAGAGAAUUCCGCGCUGUGGAUCCGGAACGAAAUUCGCAUAAAGUCGGAGUGGGGCAAGCUCGUGGUGCAAGAUUUCGCACACUAUGGCAUAGAACAAGGCGAGUUUUUCCGUGCCCCGCCAGAUGCAAUCACGCUGAAGGAGCUAAUAAGGAAAAAACGAACAGUGCAAACGGGCCGACAAAGGAGACAGCCAAGACAGGCCACAGAGAAAAUGAACACCAGAAGCAGGGAGCAGCGCGCACGCAUAGAGCAGCAGAGACAAGAAGCCGAACAGGCCAAGGCGGCCUUCAUUCAAAAGAUCAGCGGCAGGCGCUGGGGCAGAGUGCCGAGCGCCAACGGGGGAGAACACUGGCAACUAGAAAGCGACCAAGAAAUUCGCUUUACGGUGACGGGAGAAGAUUUCUGCGAAAACACGGGGCGAGAAAUCAAAGACGUUGCGGGCCAAGCCUUCUACCGCAACCAGGAAGGCCUGUGGGUUGCGGAGUGACGCCGGCCGUCACAAAUCUGUGUUCGAGUGUGCGUCCACUCAAAGAAGGAUGAGAAAAGACAAUUUACAAUGUCACGGACAAACACAAAGAUGAUGAUGAUGAGUAGAGACGCCCGCCGCGGUUCUUGUUGAGAAGGGUUUCUUCUAUGUAUGAAUAGAUACGUAGAAGAAAUAAAUCCGCAAAAGAACCUCCCAAGAAAACAAAUUUGAUUCUUUCUUAGAAAUUUAGUCACCUUUAGGUGCGUUUUGCGUCACGAGUACUAAAAAUGUCAAGCUUUAGCUUGAGAAGCUUCUUCCGUUUUGCAGAAUGAAAUUUCCGGCCUGACGCUCCCAUAAAGAUCGCGGAAAGCCGCAUCGCCUGGCUUGGUGUCCUCUCCGUUGCGGAACUAAUCCAAAUCAAGACUUGAUCGAUCGGCUUGCGGACCUACACUGUAUUAGUAUUUCAAGCACAAUGGAAUUGGGUAUACGUAGGCCCUUUAUAGUUCUGAUUUAUUUACCGACGUGUAUAAUGCUCUACACCUAACUAUCUGUGAGGCGCGCCACGGGCGCCGCAGCUUUAGCCUUACGGCGACGGCUGUAUACGUUAUUUUGUAUAUGUUCGACUUACUGUACGAUACUUGAGUCAACACCGUAGCUUGUUGCUUGACCCAGCAGUCAUUUGGCCCAGUUACUUGACUCAUGACCGGCUGUUUUACCAUGCAGUCUCUGACAUUGCUCAUAGGCAAUAAUCGCACAAAAUUCGCCCAACACCGAAUGCGAGAAGCCUUAGAGCAAAGAAGCGAGAUUGAUAAACGUCAAAGUACGUCUGCUGUUACAUGUAAAAGUCGUGAAGAGUAAAAAGAAAAUGGCCUUUGGGCUCCUGGAAUAGUACUGAAAAACACUGUUGUGCACAAAUCGCUUUUUUACCUUUUAUUUUAUCUGCUAAGGCUGGCACAUUGUGACGACGAAUACUAGAACUACUAGUCUGCAAAGAUGACGAGAUUAUCUGGUCUACAGCUUGAGCCGUACUACUAGCGCUUCGAAGAUGAGGAUGUUGAAUCUUUCAACGGAAAUGAAGAUCUCCAAAAAUUCGCAGGGCAUUUUUGUUGUGCGAAAACAGUAUAUCUUAUCACGCUAAAAAACCUGGAAAGCAUGACAGGACGAGGACACCAUUAAAAGCUGACAGAAAUCGAAAUGAUGGAAGAAUUAUAAAACCUUAUGGUGCUGGGUCUAAUUUCUCUUUCGCACAAGGAAGUAUGAUCUCCCAGGAAGAUAAGCCUUCUACUACGUCCGGAGUUCAUCUGAUACACACCUACUUUACUUACCGUAGCCUACUAAGUAGCGUUCGUUCUUGGACGCUGCGUCUGCUAGGCCUGAACACUAUUUUUGAAGAAGAUGACGGGGAACAAAGUAAUUCGACUUGACGUGUUAAAGUUAAGUCGAAUAAACGGGAAAAUCGUAAUCGCAAAUUCAGCUUUUAUUUUCCUACCCCGACUCAUCCAUAUUCUUCUCUAGCACGAAAUAGCCUAAACCGGAAACCCUCUUAGCACGAACUUCACAGGAACCCUGAACACACCAUCCGUCGAAGCCCCUGGAAGAAGUAGAAGACCGCUUUUGCUCGUCCUUUGCAAGGGACGGCAGCUGCACUACACUUCACUUCGGGUAUUAAAAAACCAUAAAAGCAACCAAAAAGGCUGCUCUAGUUUUAGCAAGUUAGGAAUCUCCUCUUCUCGAGGUAGAAGAAGAAGUUCUGACCCCAGCAUUAAAAACCUUCGGCGGAUCAUGAAAAUAUAAACAAACUCGCCACUUGAACUGCGGCGCAGCUUGGAGGAGUCGCUGACGAGUGGCGCUCCUACUUCGCACACGAAGGGUGUUCCUUGUUCCAAAAUUAUUUCCGAACACCCCUAUUGUUUUUUUUUGGGCGCAACAUUUGCCGACACCUCUACUCGGGUCGUCUGCCAUCCU